CCGCUCGCAUUCGCACCGUUAAUUGCGAGCAUAUUACUGAGCCAGUCAGCACGCAUUGCAGCGAGUAAGCAAAAGGUGGACUUUCUAUCUUGGUUUUGGGCGUCGCUGAGUCGCUGACUGAGGCCCCAAUGCCCCAUACAGUUCCCCGGAGCUCCGAUUCCGGCACCUGGAAUGCUCUCAGUCGACUUUUUACCCCCCAAAGCUUCACGAGAAAACCCGAGGUCCUUACACAGUCAACAACAGAAUUAGCGAGUGCACGCAACAUGGCCUGCAAUGAGGUGUUCCAAUACUCCAUCGUAUCAGCCCUCAUGGACGGUGUGGCGACCCACGGCACGCCCAUUGCCCGAGUCCUCGCCCAAGGCGACCACGGGCUGGGCACCUUCCGCAACAUGGUCGGCGAGAUGAUUGUGGUUGACGGAGAAGUCUACCAGAUGAAAGCCGACGGCUCCGUUGUUCACAUCUCCAACCCCGAAGAGACCGUCACGCCCUUCGCUACUGUGACGCGAUUCCGCCCAACGAUGCACACAAGGAUAUCCUUGACAGGCAAGGAGGACCUCGAGGCCCUGCUGACGCGUCUAUUCCCAGCCGCGAAAAACCACUUUCUGGCCGUAAGGAUGGAUGGAGUGUUCAGGAGGAUCCAUUUCCGGACCGCUGGAGGCCAGAUAUCACCGAGGGAGGGGAUGGUCGAUGUGUGUGCGCGGCAGACGGUUCACAGCUUUGAGGGCGUGAAGGGAACCAUUUUUGGGUUUCGUUGCCCCCAGUACGUGAUGGGAAUAAACGUGGCAGGAGACCACAUGCACUUUAUUACCGACGACAGGCAAAGGGGAGGGCACAUCUUGGCAUUUGAGACCGAGGGCGAGGUGGAUGUUGCCGCUGCGCAGAUGUCCAAUUUCCACCUGGAGUUACCGACCGAGGAUGACGAGUUUAAUCAGGCGACUUUGGUGCUCCAAGCUCAGGGCAUUAAAGCGGUUGAGGGAUAACGUUAACGCAAGUCUGUCAACUGCUGCUGUUUAGGUCAAGAGGGCGGUCGUCCAGCUCGAGCUACAGCACCAGUAGCCAAGUUGGUCACAUAUAGAAAAGGAAAAGGUUCUGAUAUAGACUGAAUUGCAGGUAAACCCGGCUCGAGCCCGGGUCAACCACAACGGUAACAUAACCGCAUUGUCCAGUAUUGAUAGCGAAUAAUCUAUGCUC